CUUGUGCAAAGCUGGGAACCUGAUGUGCCCCGGGGUGGUGACAGAUUGGUGGCUCUCUUUCAGGCAAUGCCUUAGGGUAGCCUGGAGGUGCUGGGGGCUGUGCACAAAGGGAAUGUGCCCUUUCCCCACUUGAGUUGCAGGGCCUGUGACAGAUCGGACUUUCUCGGGGGACCUGCUGUUUAUCUCCAAAAUCAAUUUACUGGGAAGCCUUUGUACUGGGAGCCGAGUUUGCCAAUUGGGAACAGUUGAGCUUGACUAGGCGCAGGCCCCUAUUCAAGUGUAUGAGGUUCGAGAAGCAGGUGGUCUGAUCUUGGAAGUAGAAGCUAGAGAAGGCGUCUGUCUUGGAAGGUGGCGGCGUUAGCGGGAUCCGGGCCGCAGGAAUUGCAGAAGCAGAGAGGUUCUGAGAUGCAUGGGUGUGUCCGGGGUCCUGGGGUAGCUCAGCCCGACUCUCCUGGUCUUUUCUGCAGCCUGACUGGAUCUCAUCAUUCUUUGCCUGCUUUCUGGCCAGAUAUUUCAGCCUGUAAUCCUGCCUCAUGCUAUGGGGCAUGGAGUGCUGGACCCACCAACACCCAGGGUGCAUAUGGAACUGGUGUUGCCAGCUGGCAAGGUUAUGACAACUACAAUUAUUAUGGUGCCCAGAACACCAGCGUUACUACAGCAGCAACCUACAGCUACGGCCCAGCCUCCUGGGAGGCCACCAAGGCUGGUGAUGGCCUGGCGGCUGGGGGCCCUGCCAUGCAUAUGGCCUCUUAUGGGCCAGAGCCAAGCACUGACAAUUCCGACUCACUCAUUGCCAAGAUCAACCAGCGUCUAGACAUGAUGUCCAAGGAAGGAGGCAGGGGUGGGAGCAGCACCGGUGGGGAGGGCAUGCAGGACCGGGAGAGUUCCUUCCGCUUCCAGUCAUUUGAUUCCUACGACUCCAGGUCUUGUCUGCCUGAGCACAAUCCCUACCGCACCAGCUAUAGCUACAACUAUGACUUUGACCUGGGACCUGACCGCAAUGGUGGCUUUGGUGGUCAGUACAGUGACUGCCGGGACCCCACCCGUGAGCGGGGCUCUGUCGAUGGCUUCAUGCGGAGCCGGGGUCAGGGCCGCUUUCAGGACCGGAGCAACCCCAGCACCUUUAUGCGCAGCGACCCAUUCAUGACAUCAGCAGCCUCCUCGGAUCCCCUUUCCACUCCUUGGACAGAGCUGAACUAUGUGAGUGGGCGGGGCCUGGGAGGCCCCUCCCCCAGCAGGCCCCCAUCUUCUCUUUUCUCCCAGUCUAUGGCCCCCAACUAUGGAGUGAUGGGCAUGCAGGGGGCAGGAGGUUAUGACAACGCUGUGCCCUACAGAUGUGGCCAGUCACAGACCCGGAUGAAGGAUUGGCCCAGGUGGAGAGGGUUUGACCGCUGUGGCCUAGACGGCAUGGGCAGGAAACGGAAGCAGUUGCAAAUCUAUGAUGAGCCGGAUGCCAAACAGGCCCGGGCUGACAGCGAAGGAGAUUUUUCUGAAAAUGAUGAUGGUGCUGGUGACUUCCGGUCUGGAGAUGAAGAAUUCAGGGGUGAGGACGAAUUCUUCGACUCCGGGAGGCAGAGAGGAGAGAAGGAUGACGAGGAUGACGAAGUGAAGAAGAGAAGGGAAAAGCAAAGGAGAAGAGAUAGGAUGCGAGACCGAGCAGCUGACAGGAUUCAGUUUGCCUGUUCCGUGUGUAAAUUUCGUAGCUUUGAAGAUGAAGAAAUCCAGAAGCAUCUGCAAAGCAAAUUUCACAAAGAGACACUGCGAUUUAUAAGUACCAAACUGCCUGACAAGACGGUCGAGUUCCUUCAGGAAUACAUUGUAAAUAGGAAUAAGAAGAUUGAGAAGCGGCGUCAGGAACUGAUGGAGAAAGAAAGCACAAAACCCAAACCAGAUCCUUUCAAAGGGAUUGGCCAGGAGCACUUCUUCAAGAAGAUUGAGGCUGCUCACUGCCUGGCUUGCGACAUGCUGAUCCCCGCACAGCACCAGCUCCUCCAGCGGCACCUCCACUCUGUCGAUCACAAUCACAACCGCCGGUUGGCUGCUGAACAGUUCAAGAAAACAAGUCUCCAUGUGGCUAAGAGUGUUUUGAAUAACAGACAUAUAGUGAAGAUGCUGGAAAAGUACCUCAAGGGUGAAGACCCUUUCUCCAAUGAAGCCGUUGAUCCAGAAAUCGAAGGAGUUGACAAUUUAGGAGGCGAGGAUAAGGAAGAGACACCUGAAGAGGUGGCUGCGGAAGUGUUAGCCGAGGUGAUUACAGCAGCAGUGAGGGCAGUAGAGGGGGAAGGAGUGCCAGCUCCAGAAAGUAUUGAAAUGCUGGCUGAAGGGGAAGGCCCCGUGGACGCGGCAGAGGCCACUAGUGGUCCCCAUCCAGAACAGCCACUGGAAGCAGACACACACUGUGGAAUGGCAUCUGGGAAGAGGAACGCUGAAGCAGAGGCUGGAAGUAAAGCUGCCCAGGCUAGAAAUGAGGCUGUGGAGGCUGAAGGUGAAGCAGAGGCAAAAAGCACCGUAACAGUCACUGUUCCUGCCCCAGCUGCCGUGGAAGCCGAAGUGGAACAAACUGAUGCAGAAUCCAAAGAUGUUAUUCCCACAGAAUGAUCCUCCUCUCCCUGUUUCAAGGAAUGUGUUAAAUGAUGCAUUGCUCUUUCUCCUUUGGUUUAUAAGUAGUACUAGGAUUUGUGUUAUUGGAAUAUACUGAAAACUUAUUUUGGUGAAGAGACCCAGCUAUUUCCUUCAGAAAAAUGUACCUCAUGGGCUUGUCUAAUAGAGUUGAGUGGCUUUCCGCCUAGGUUUGAAGGCUGCAGAAGUACAUUCCCCCAAGCAGCUGUUACCUCUCUACACUGCAGUUGGAAUAAUAAAAGUUGGGCAAUUAGAUUUUGAUGAUACUUUGCUUGUUAAAUAUAGCCACUGGCUGAAUGCCCUUUAUUCUUUUUUUAUUACUAUUUUUUCUGGGAGCAGCUCAUUAUUACUAGGAUACAUCUUGCUUUAUAAAUAUAUGUGUAUGUAUAUUUUUUAAGUUUCAAGAAUUUGCUUUGGCUUCAGGUUUUGACCUCUGCUUUUGUAGCUCACUGAAUAGUGUUCUGAUUCUCACAAGGUGUAGCAGAAUCUUGUUAGCUUGUGAUGUUGGUUUUGUCACAUCAGUGAACUCUCAAAGGCCUGAUGAAUCUGACAUAACUGCACCACUGGAAGCACACCCAGUGACCCCUUAAGAAUGGGGACAUUUUGCCUAGGGCAUUGUUUCCCAACCUUUAAUCCUUGGCAGAUCACCUUCAGAACUUAUCUUGCAUGUGUUCCACCUCUGCAUUACUUCAGGGUUUUUUUCCUUAAAAUUGAGUUACUUCCUCUUAAAUAUAAUUAAAAAGAAAACUUGAUGUCACUCCCAUGAAUGGAAAACCAAUAUAAAUAGCCACAGAUAAGAUGUUAUCUGUAAAAAAUGAAUAUAAUGAAAUAAACAUUUCAUUUUAAAUAAA